CGCUAUGACAGAGUUCCGUCUUGGUCAGCGUUAAACUUUUCCUCCAACUGGUGUAUGCUAGUCACCCCUAAAAGUCACGGACAUCCCAUCAUGCAGUGACUAACCCAUUUUUGGAUUGCGUUUUAUUUCCGCGGCUUGCUAUGGCUCCCUUCGGGAAGAACUUUCUGAAAGCGCGUUUGAAAAACAGGGCAAAAGACAAAGAUGACAGAGAAGCCGUGCCAGGAAAGGAGAUCCAGGUAUCUGUGUGCAAUGAUGACAAGGUGGUGUGCGGAGUGACCAAACACACAACGUGCGCCGACAUUGUACAGGCUUUGCUGGAUGACCAGAAGGCCACACCUGAGAGCAAGAGGCUCCUGCAUGGCGACCCCAGAGACUUCUGCCUGCUGGAGCGCUGGAAAGGCUUCGAGAGGGCCCUGCCCCCGUUAACCCGCAUCCUCAGGCUGUGGAACGCCUGGGGGGAUCAGCGAUCCUUCGUCCAGUUCGUCCUGGUCAAGGCCAGCGACUUUGUUCCCCAAGCAGGAGGCAAGAAGGGGGCCAAACUGAAGGGGGCUAAAGGGUCUAAGAGAUGGGAGCACAGCCCCGUCCAGUGCUCCCAGUCGCUGCCCAUUGAAAGGCAGAAGCGGUUGGUGAAGAAGGCCUUCAGGAAGCUCGAGAAGAUCCACAAGGAAAAUAGGGAAGUCGGAUCUUCUCCGGGCAGCGAGGAGAUCGACAGGAUGGUCCAGCUCCUCAUCCAACAGGACCACACCAUCCGGCAGCAGAUCCAGAGGAUGAGAGAGCUGGACUCGGAGAUGGAGCGAUUUGAGGCGGAGCGGCCGGCCGGACAACACGACGCAGAGUUCCCCGACGAGGGCUUGUGCCCACUCUCCCCGGUUCCCUUUCACCAGAGUCACAGCCAGACGGUGGGCAGCCUGCACGGCCUCUCGGAGCAGGAGCUGCUGCAGGAGAGCCAGUAUACCUGUGACAGGGUGGCUCAGGUGGAGAGGCAAGCACAGAGGCACCGGGAUCUUAUCGCUCAGCUGUCCCGCGACAUCGACGCGGAGCUGACAAGGGCCGUGUUAGCGUUGCCCAAGGUCCCAGAGGAGGACGCCCAGCCGGAGGGGGCGACGGCGGGAUCCGGCAUCACUUCCGACGUGGACCUGCACUGGGAGGCAGCAGAAAUGGAGAGACUGCGGGCCGAACUGAGGCUCAGCCUGCACACCGGCCUCUCCCUUCACGCCCAGACCACAGAGGUGGAGAAGGAGCUGAAGCGAUACGACGCCACACUUUUCUCCAAAGACCGGGAGUGCUGGGAGCUGGCUUCCCAACUGAGUCAACUGCAGGUGGGGGACGGCGUGCCUGAAUGGCCCGGGCUUGGGAAUUUGAUGGACCAAAGCCGUAGCUCUGUAACUCAGCCACAGGCCGUGAGACUCAAACACAGCCUGUCCCCUACAGAUGCGACGGACACAGACUCUGACACAGGGAUCAGCUCCACACACAGUCAGGACUCCCUCUCUCCCUGCCUGGACACGGUCCUGCCACCAUUGGACACAGAUGUCUAAGAUGUAUCAGUCUCUCUCCGAAUUAGCCCCAGAUGUCCCUGUCAAUGAACAAUCCUGUAAACAGGGUUUGAACUACAUCCCAGAUUCUCAACUGGUUUUCUCAGGACACAAAUUCAACCGGGGCGUCUCAUCACAAUCAAAUUUUCAUGUAGCAAAUUUUCUUUGCUGAAAAUAUUUCUUAUGCUAAUGUAGCUAUAGAAAGAAAUACUGUGCUUAAAGAAAAUGUAAAUGUUUUUUGUAUUCAAUUACGUAUUCUUAUCUCUACACACAUUCUACCUGCUUUUAGUAAUUUUAAGCUAAAGUGUUAAAUCAUUAUAACAAUAAUAUUAACACAGUUUUUUACUACAUACAUAGAUUUUUAACAAAGACACUGCAACCCAUU